AUGUCUGAGCAAGCCAGCAAUCCCGAAGUCUCUCAAGAAAACCCUGCUCCAUCCACACCUCAGCAGAAGAAGCCUCCUAAGCUCAACAGAAAGAAGCCUGCCACUGAAGAGCAACAACAACAACAACCAGACGUCAAGGCCGAAGAGGACCCAUCCCAACAAGACGAACAAGAAGAUAACAACGCCACAAAAGACGAGCCAUCUGACGAGGUUCCCAAACAAGAAGAAGAAGAACAAGACGAAAAACAAGAACAAGAACCACAGCCCGAGCCUGAGCCAGAACCACGUCGCCGAAAUCGACGAAGCCGUCCCAAUAGACGCGUACAACGCUACAACGACCCCGAAGACACCGAAGAAAUUAACCGUAGCGAAAUGGAAGCCCAACAACAACCACAAGGCGGACGACGCAACCGCACACGCGCCGGACCCAGCAAGGGCGGCCGACGGUUCCAGCAGGAACAACAAGACCAAGAUGGCGGUCCUCUCGGUGGUAUAGGAGAAGUUGGCAAUACCGUCAGCGGCGCCACCGACAUGGUCCAAAACACCGCCGGAAAAGCCGUCAACGGCGUCACCGACUCAGCUGGUAAAGCAGUCGGCGGCGUGCUCGGUGGCGGACAAAAGCAAGAAGACGAUGAUGGCGGCAAAGACGAGCAGCUGCGCCUCCGUCUUGAUAUAAAUCUGGAUAUUGAGAUCCAGCUCAAGGCCAAGAUUCAUGGUGAUCUUACCAUCGGUUUAUUCUCCUAG